AUGAAUACAGAUAAUCAACAAACAAAAAUUGAUAUAACCAAUAUUAUAACUGAAUGUAAUAAGACAUGUAAAAGUCCAUUAACAAAAUCUAAAGUUCAAAUGUCACGUUCUCAUUCGCCUACACUUGAACUGCUAGCAGCUGUACAAACUAAACUUGAUAAUUAUAUUACUUCUGUAUCUAAUACUAUUUCAAUAUCUACAGUACAUGAAGCAUCAUCUUCACCAAUGCAUGAAGAACAACAACCAACAAUACAUACACGUACAUCAUCAUCACCAUCAUCAUUAUUAUUACAAAAGCAGAUUAAAUCUCAAAAAAAUCUUAGCAUACAACCACUUGAUAAAGUAACUUAUGAAGAAACAAGAACAGAUAAUGGUAAUUUUAAACAAAAAUGUUCAGUAGAAAUUUGGUUACCUAAUGCAUGUGCUGAUAAUGAUGAGGAAAAUACAAGUCGAACGGUAUCACGAAAUUCUACUUCAAUUGAAAAAAUAUCUCAACCAAUACCUAUUGAAAGUCCUCGAUCGGGUAUAAAUGUUUUACCAUCAACUACAAUAAAUAAUCAAAUAAAACCUUCUGAUGAAAUCUCUUUAAAAAAUUCUGAAAUUACUAUUAUACCUCAUGUUCAAAAUAAUGAAGAUUAUUUAAUAGAUCGACCUGAAAAAAGACCACGUUCAAGUAAAACUAAUAGUACAGCAAAAUCAAAUAAUAGUAGGUCAAUGAAAAAUAUUAAACGAUCAUAUGUUCAUCGUGCAGCAUCAACAUCGUCGUCAAAUAAAGAGAUAUUUCAUUAUGAAAUAACAGAAAUACCUACAACAACAAGAAAUUUCUUUCCUAAUUUAAGCCAAACUUAUUCUCCUCAUCAAUUAAAAGAAAACAUCGGAUCUAAUAAUAGUUCUAUAAGACAAUAUCCAAAGAGAAAAAUAAUACCAACAAAACAACAAUUUGAACAAACACAUUAUCCUUUAAAAUAUAAUGUACAUAAUCCAAAUGAUUCAACAUUAAAUACUUCUUUUAAUCAUUCAAAAGUUUCUGUGAAAAUACUUCUUGGUAAUACUACACCCAAUCGAUCAACUGGCAUGAAUAAUAUUAUUAGCGCAAGAUUAUCUCAUCAUCGUUUACCAAAUCAUAAAUCAUCUGGCUCUGAUAUUUUACCGCAAACAUAUUUAUCUCCAAUGAUUGAAAAUUAUCGAACUUCAACAACAUCAAAGUUUAUUGAUCCAUUACCCAUAAUUACUGCAGGAAAGUCUAAUGAUCUGUUUCAUUCUACACAGCGUAAUAUUUCCCCACGUUUACCUAUUCGACGAGACAGUCUAGGAAAUGUUUCAAAUUCAUCAAAUCUAUUACAAUAUAGAAAUCAUGGAAUCGAAUAUAUUUCAAAACGUAUAUCACCAUUACAUGUUUUUCGUUCCGAACAUCAGCCGUCUACUCAAUCUCAUCUUCAGUUAGUUCAAGAUCAAACUUCUAAACAUAAACAACUUGUUCAUUUAAAAUACAGUAAAGGUGAAAAUACAAAUUGUAAUUAUCUUAUACCUAAAUAA